AUGAAACUUAUACCCUUUAAUUUACAAGCUGCCGGCCAUGGAGAAGUCCUCGUUAGUGAGGAUAAACGGUACCUUGUGAAGCCCUGUCUUGACAGUGAAAUCUACUUUUAUAAGUCCUGUAAUGAAUGUGAUACACUUCGGAAGUGGCUUCCACGCUUUUAUGGGAAAUGGGAUGUAGAGCAUGCAAGACAGCUACAGCUUGACAUGGAUGGUUUGCGAAAUGAUACAAAUCUUGCGAUGAGUAGUCGCGCUUUCAUACUGGAAAAUAUAAUACAUGCUAUGAAGCGUCCUUGUGUUAUGGAUAUUAAACUUGGUAGACAACUUUGGGCAUUGGAUGCCUCCCCUGAGAAACGCACUAGGCUAGACGUGGUUUCACAGAUGACUACGAGUGGAAGUCUUGGGUUUCGGAUUACUGGAAUCUUAGUAUCAGAUAAAGCAUCUCACUCUUAUACUACCUAUUCUACGGCCUGGGGGAAACAGCUUGCCAAUGAUACGAUUUUGCAAGGGCUUUCGGUUUUUUUCUCACCCUGUCCAGACCAUCUCAGAAAGAUUUUGUUAGAAAAGUUCUCCAGUCUACUUAAAGAUUUCGAAAAAGACAUUUCCUCCCUUUCUGUCGAGUUUCGGUCAUCUAGUCUUUUGCUUGCAUACGACCUAGAGAGUACGGAGGAUUAUAUGCAAGUUCUAGAAAAAGAAGGAAGCCAAUUGUAUAAUAUGAAAUUGAUUGACUUGGCACAUUCUACUUGGACGCUCGGCAGCGUAGACGAAAACACACUAUUUGGAGUCCGGAGUUUGAGAGAAUCCUUUCAAAAGCUGAGUCAAACUAACCAUUGCUAA